AUGGCCAUUUCACGCAAGUGGAAGAUUGUCCUGCAAUUUGCGCUGAUCAUCUCUAUCAGCGCUUCGACUGCGGGUUUAGCAGGUGGUCUGACAAACAAGGUGUCGAGAUGGGGGAGUUCGACGAAGAUGAAGGAUAAGAUUGAUACGGGUGGUCAUUUGAGAAAUGAGACGGUAGUUGAAGGUGGUGAUUUAGGAAAUGGGACGAAGGAUGCGAUGCUGAUGGGGACAGGUGGCGAUAGGAUGAUGUCGAGGUGGGAGAGUCCUGAGGUCCAUGUUGCGAAGCAGAAAAGACAAAUCGACACCACCUACACCCGAAGAUAA